AGAGCACAACAAGGAAGGCAAGGAGACGCUCUUUAUUAUUAGGAGAAGAGGGGGGGUAGAGACGGAGACCGACGUGAGCCCGGAGACGGCCCAGACCGUGGCGGCGUUGACGGGAGAGAGGAGGACACCGACAGCUCGGAUGGUGUUGUUGCUCCGGACGCGGCGACGAUGCGGCCACACUGCUGGGUGAUGGUAGCGGUGGCGGCGAUCAUGUCGUACUUCAGCCCGGAGAGAGCCCUCGGAGCUCCGCAGAGGGAAGUUUCCACGACCAGGGCCGCGUCGCUCUCUCCUCCGCCCUACGUUGUCAUCCUCAUCUCUUGCUCGGGGCUCGUCUCGUUCGUUCUGCUGCUCCUCACCUGUCUGUGCUGUAAGAGAGGAGGUGUGGGGUUCAAUGUAAGUCUUCAACAUGAGUUUGACAAUGCAGAUGGGGAGGAGUGCUCUGGAGGCUCCAGUCCCAUCCAGGAGGACAGCCUUUCAUCAUGUCCCUCCCUCCCUGAGGUUUACACCUUGCCAGUCAGAGACCGGCCCAACUGCCCCUCCCUGCAGGAUGGAGCAGACUCGAAAUAUCAAUGCUUCAAAAGACACACUUUAAACUACCUUCAAGAGAUAGGAAAUGGCUGGUUUGGAAAGGUUAUCCUGGCUGAAGUGCUGUGUGACUGCAGCUCCUCUCAAGCUGUGGUGAAGGAGCUGCGUGUCAGCGCCAGCCCUCUGGAGCAGAGGAAGUUCUUGGCUGAGUGCGAGCCGUACAGGAGCCUUAAGCAUCCUAAUAUCCUUCAGUGUUUGGGGCAGUGCAGUGAGAGCAUCCCCUUCCUCCUGGUUAUGGAGUUCUGUCAGCUGGGUGACCUGAAGAGGUAUCUCCGAGCCCAGCGUAAGUCAGAUGGGAUGACUCCAGACCUGCCGACCAGGGACCUCCUGACUCUUCAGAGAAUGGCUUUUGAGAUCACCUCAGGUCUGCUGCACCUACAUGAAAACAACUACAUCCACAGUGAUCUGGCUUUGAGGAACUGCCUUCUGACCUCAGACCUCACUGUUAGGAUCGGAGACUACGGCCUCUCACACAACCACUAUAAGGAGGACUAUUACCUGACUCCAGACAAACUAUGGAUCCCACUGCGAUGGAUUGCUCCUGAGCUGUUGGAAGAGUACCGGGGAUCUCUCAUAGUUACUGACCAAACCAAGACCAGCAACGUGUGGUCCUUGGGGGUGGUGAUAUGGGAGCUGUUUGAGUUUGGCUCUCAGCCCCACAGGCACCUGAGUGAUGAAGAGGUGCUGACCUUCGUCAUUAGGGAGAGGCAGAUCACACUGGCCCAGCCCAGGCUCAAACUCUCCCAUGCAGACUACUGGUAUGAGAUCAUGCAGUCCUGCUGGCUACCUCCAUCUCAGCGCCCUUCGGUAGCUGAGAUAUUCCUCCUCCUCUCCUCCCUUCUGGCUGCCGAGCGAGGAAUGGCGAGGGGGAGUGUCGGGGAAGAAGAUGAAGAGGACGAGGAGUAUGAGGAGGGCAGAGGAAGGAGAGGGGAAAGUGACGAGUCAUUUGAAAGGCGAUGGGACUUGCUCCGUCCACCUGCAUUUCAGACGGCAGCAAAUGAGCGGCAAAGAGAGAGAGAGUAUGCCAGGGAAGGCAGAGAUAACUCCUACCCCCUGCUGGACCCUGUGGGGAACUGUAUCACCGCGUCCUCUUCUGAACUGGAUGACAUCCUGACAGUCACCGAAACUAGCAAAGGCUUGAACUUUGAAUAUUUCUGGGAGAAGGCUCAUGCCAGGCGAGGCUACAAACCUCUUCCUCCUCCUCAGCCAAUCCCGACUGUGAACAAUAAUCACAGGCAGUCUUUGGACACUCCUACUGUGGUCCCGGUGAUAAGUGCUCGCAGCCCCUCCCUCGCCAGCGAGUACUACAUCAGACUAGAGGAGCACACCCCCCAAGACAAGUCACCCACUCUCAAAGGAAAGCCACACUCCUCUUUCCGCUCUGAUUCGAUUUGCCCCGGAGACGUGGAGCUUGUGGAGAUUCGCAGUGGAAUGUUGGGAAAAGAGCGAGUCCCUUAUUGUUCUUCCGACAAGUUUGGCAGGGGCCUCCAGACUGUCCGGUCGAGUGAGGUCCAAAUCCAGGUGCCCAACACAGGUGUGGCUGAGUUCAGGGACACUUCGAGCCGAGUGACUGACUUCUCAGUCGUCGAUUUGGGUGAUGAUGACGAAGUGGAGAAGACAAAGGGCCAUGACGUGGACAAAAAAUCGUCCUCAAGUUCUCAAGCUCCGGUCCUCCCUCCCAAGCCUCGCUCUAUGUCCAUGUCGUCAGCCAACCACCUUCACUCGCGCCCCCUCCCUGCCCCUCCGCACGGAUGCAGGGGACUGCCUCACUACACGAUCAGUGGGAAAAUUGAGACGGACCCCCAUCACAUGAGCACCUGCCCACCGUCUACCUUUGAUCACCUUGGCCUCCAUCGGCCACGACAGACGCUACCCCCCUCCCCGUCCCUCUCCCCUUCUCUUCCCCCGUCAAGUCACCCGAUUUACCCUCAGCCUCCCCAGAUGUGUCCUCCCCCUCUCCCUCCCCACUCCAAACCACAAAAAAGUUACCCCAUCAACAGCACGGCCGACCCUCACUCAAGAUAUAGUAGGCCGCAGAUACAGAGAUCCACCAGAGACCCGCUAUCCUGUGAUUUGUCAUGUGAUAGAGAAAGUGACGCCAGGCUUGCGGCGUCAUUGCACCCCUCCAAGGACACUUCUUAUUCACGUGCAAAAGACUUUGACUCUCCGAUUCGUAGAGAGAACCCUUUGCGACCUAUUUACCGAAAUCUGCCCCGCACUCAGCCCACAAACUUUCAGAUUGACAGGCAGUCUUCAUCGAGUCCCACUUACUCGGAUGAGGACGACUCUCCUUUCAUGUCCCCUGAGAGGCCCAGUGGUGGGACAACUGUUACUCACUCCAGCCUGUCUGAAGAUGCAGACCCAGCUGCCGCCGAGAACUUCUUCAGAGGAAUGAAAAGGACUCAGUCACGUCUGGACACUAUUCUGCCUGCCAUCUGGAAGGAAGAUGCUGAACUUCAGGCAGAACGUGUCGCUGCAGCCAAGAAAUCCCCAAUGCAUCUAUUUCUGACCGAGAUAUCGAGUGUGACAGAGUCAAGUGAUUCCAAGUCAGAGGCGCCGUGGGUUGGGGAGAAGGAGGAAAACAGGGAUGGAGAGAGAUGGGGGAACUUUGUGCUGCCCAACAGAGGGAUGCGCCGCUCCCAGUCGCUGAUCACAGAGUUGGGCUCGGCGGGGCACUCAUGGGGACCAGAGAAAGACAUCAAAAGGAUGGGAGCUGAGGACAAUACAGUCACUAAGGAAUCAUUCCAGGGGGAUCUUUUUCUCACAGAGAUAGACACAGGGAGGAUGGAUAUGGAAGGAGGAUCUGAAAGCGAUCCAGUAAAAUACCUCUAUCCUGCGGGAUCCAGGUUGCGUCCCUACGUCUGCGCUCCUGGCCUUCCCUCAUACACAGAGGCUGAGGAGGCCUAUUCAAAAGGUAUACGGAGAUCCCGCUCUCUCCUCUCGGAGAUCACUAUUGAGAAGCAAGAGUCUGAAAUCAAUGUGACUGAGAAAGAGCCACGGAGAGGUGAGAUGACCAGGGAGGAGUUCCUGAAAGAGAUCCAAUCAGCAGAGACCUUUCUGACUGAAAUAAUUUCAAGACAGAAUGCUGCUGCAAACAAGAAGGAUGCCGAUUCAGCUUACUCCCCAACUCCACUGUCCCCUGAAUAUGAGUCCAUAUGCAUAGACCCAAACUCUGCUCAGACCAUCAGAUUUCAGUCAGAGAGCUCCAUACGAGCAUCCAGCAAAGGCAAAGAUGAUAAACAAACUGAGGCCAUCUAUGCCCAAGUGACCAAGCGUGCUAAGAAGAGUGAGAUAAAGAUUUCCAUGAAACCCGAGAUCCCAAUUCUUCACAUAGGAUCAAAUAAACCACCUUUCAAACUGGACAGCCCAGGGAACAAUGCUGCGGACCACUGCCAGUCUGGUGAGUUUGUGUUUUCAGAGAUCAUGCCCAAAAAUGGUUUACUGCACAACCAAACACUCGCCUCUCAGAAAGAAGAGGAGGUGUGUUCAGAUGGCCCUGCCUUACCUGCCAGACUAGGCCAAUCAGAGCACUCUCCUACUGAAUCCACUGAGUCCAACACUGUGACACAGCAUGACAGCAAAUCACUCAGUACAAAUGAAAGUGAAAAGGCUGCUCUUAUAGGAAAUGGUGAAGUAAUGAAAGGUGACCAACGGGCCCACAGCCCCGAGAGAGGAGAUCAAACAUGUACAAAGGCUGACACAGCACAUGACCCUGAGAAAACAGAUGAUUUGGAGAGCUUUCAAAAUGUGGUUUCGCAUGAUAAUGAAUGCCUUGAGGACACAACAGGAGAAAAUUCAUUUCAGCACAAUGACAGUGGACAAAAACAGCCUUGUCAUAUUACCCAAAAGGCACCCACUCCUGCUGCCACCCCGACCACUCCAGACUGGGACCCGUCUUCUGACGUCUCACUCGUAACCCCAACUGACUCAGUCCUGUCACCUAUGACUUCCAGCUCCAUUGACUGCCUCACCCCUAGUGACUCAUGGUCAGGAGGAGGAGGAGGGGGAGGCAGCGGGUGGCGGGCCUUGGGAAAUGAAACACCACAUCGAGACUCUGCAUAUUUCAGUGACAGUGACUGGGAGGGUGACGGGAUGAACAGGAGGAGCACUGAUGGCCUUGUUGCCUCCAGGCCGGGCAGCAGCAGAGCAGGUGAUCGGGGAAUACUGACUGGGAUAGAGGAGAAAACCGAAGAGGAGGGAGAGAUGGGAGAAAAGAGCCCAUUACGAGAUAGCAUGCUUACGUCAAAUAUCAAAACGGAAACUGGAGAAGAGAGAACUAUUGAGAUGCACGAACAGAACGUUGCACUGUAUCCACAUGCGUCUAAAAAUGACAUUUCUCAAUUGGCUAAUGACAAAGAUAUGCUAAGCAAAGGACUGGAGUCUGCACAGAGGGACGAUUCUGGCAUUUUCCAUGACGAGAACAGAAAGUCAGAGCUGCUGUGUGAUGAUCCCAAGGCCAACGACUGUGUUGACCUAAUUGACAAGUUAUUUUCAAAAUUAGACGCUGAGCCACUGAAAGGCCUCGCAGACAGCGGUAGUUAUGUGAUAGACGGCCACUACACUGAUGGCAUAAUUUCUAAAAUAACAGAUUACAAAUACCAGGACUCUGCAGAGAACGGCUGUAAUCUACACUCCAAGAGCCCUGCUGAGACAAAUAGUUUGAUCGAGUCUGGCAGCCAGUCAAAGGACAGCAUGUUUAGAGCAAGCAACAAUGAUUACACAAGUGUUACAGAGACAAUCAGUGACCUCAGUGCACUGAAUUCCUUGAAAUCUGAAAAUAAAAUUGUGGCACAAUCCGAAGUUGACAACACAGAAUCCAGUUCAUCUAAACUGUGCGAUAUUCAAAUCAAUGAUGUCACACUUAAAGAUAAAACUCGGCAAAAAGACGAUGGGAGGCCUUUUGAUGAUACAGCGAGUGGUUCUGUGUGUCCCUGGGAUGACCAGGGCGGUGACGAGCUGGAGGGACGUGAGGAAAGGCCCGGUAUAGACCACAAUGAGCUGGGCCUGAGGAACCUUCAUUACUCAGACGGCAGAGAGGAUGAGAGGGUCACGAUAGAGAUGGAGAAACAGCACGCUGCUGCAGAGCUGAGUAGUGCCUCGAAGGAAAAGUCACCAAUGAGGGGAGCAGCAAGAGAGAUGGACUCUGCUAACAAUGUGGAUAACAACUCUUGUGAGGGGCUUGAGGCAACAACUAAAGAGUUAUGGAGCGCUCUGGAGGAGGAUGAAGAAGAUUCACCAUCUGGAGUAGUUAGGGGCGAGUUCGACUGCCACCGUUUUUCACAGUCAGACGACUUACGCUUGUGGCCUGAUGAAAAUGACCAGUGGGCCUCUCCACAGAGGAGGUGCCAAGGAAUCGAACUGAGAUCCGAAUAUUUCUCUGGCUUUGGUAACAAGGCGUGGGAGGUCGGGGAGAGACUUGUUGUGGGUCAAGAGUAUUGGGAGACGGAAGAAAAUGAUGAACUGGCAGGAAGCGAACCUCACCCUGCUGUCUUGGAGGGCUGUGAAGAAACCUGGAACAAUGAAACUCAAAGACUGAGCGGCAACCUUCCUGUGAAGAAAAUGUGGGACUUCAAGGACAGAGAUAAUGAACAGACUGUAGAAGAUGUACAACAGGAGGAAAAUGUUGAGAAUCUGAGGGAAACUGACAGUUUUAAGAGUGAUCCAGGAAGAGAAAGCUCAGAUAUUGAAGUGGAGAAUAUUGAAAUACCAGAGAAGGAGCCCUUGGAGCAAGGAGAGAGGCAGAUUACAUCAUGCGCAGAGCCAGUCAGGGACAGAGAAGGUCGGUUAGACUCCACAGAGACAGAGGAGAAUCAAGAUUUUAACAGAUGGCCUCAGAAUCAACUCUGCAGGAUCCAGACAGACGAGCAGACAUCAGCUGUAGAUGGUGACAAAGAAGCAGACUUGUCUACUGUAACGAACAACUUCAGCCACAUUCUAGAGAACAAAACCUCUGAUGCAUCUAUUUGCAUCACUGAAGCUCCUCUUAACUCUUCAGAUCUGGAAAAUGUUGAAUCAUGCUUCACUGCAGAAGAGGAAAAGAAACCAUGGCUUGCUAGACAGUACCCAGAAGAAACAACAGGCACUGUGAAAGUUGAGGACGAGUGUAGAGACAUGCCCGUUGAGUCCAGACCCAGUGACCCUGAUGCACAGGAUGAGAUGGAUCAGUCAUUUCCCCCGCUUGACAAUUUCAGCUCGGUAGAUUUUCCAAGUCCGCCACCAAGCAUAGAUCUUGACGUGCAAGAUGAUAAAUUGGAGAGUUUAGACGACUCUUUUCCGAGUCCACCACCAUCUGUUACAGAGGCAGAGGACUUUAUUAGUCACAUUAAUCUAGACGACUUUCUUGGCAGUACUGAGACAGAGCCCUAUAUUUCCAUAGCACACAGCACAGAGCCCUAUAUUUCCCCAGUUAACAACACAGAUGCCUCAGAGCAAUCUCUGCACGAAUCACCACCUGCUACAACACACAGUAAAGGGAUCUCAGCCAAUCUGAAGAUCCCCACUGUGCAUAUAACACUGAACGAUGAGACCAACCUUACAUCCAGUGUAGAAAGUCUGGAAGAUCAUAAUAGCCCGUGCCAGAAAACAUCCCCUGCAAUGCCCUCUGUACCUCCCCUAAACAAUGUACCAGAAUUGUUCAUUUCUGAGUGGAAAGAUUUGGAUGAGGAGCCCUUGGAGGAUUUUGAAAAACUGGAGCAACUGUGUUGCAUAUCUGGAGAUGAGGAAGAAACUCUGGGGGAUCUUUUCUUGUCUUUGAAGAAAACCCCCGAUCCGAAAGGUAGCAGUGAUACAGGUCAUGAGAUAGGUGACUCCUCCACUCCCGAGGGUAGCAGGAUGGAUUUGAAGGAAAACAGGAUAUCUGAUAACUCUGAUAAGUUGGCAGAAUAUUUCCAACCGAUGAUCAUGGAUUCCCAAGACAUUCUGUCACCACAAGAGGGGAGGCAUGGUGAACAGAGACCAGCAGGCCAAACACCCGACGUCAAGGACCAGGGAUCUCUUUCCAAGAUGACCGCUAAGAAUGGCCUCAUGAUGCAGGUGUGUGAGGAAAGACUGCAGUUCUCCCUCUGUGAAAAUGUGAAAACAAAUGUGCUUUGGGGAUCGACUGUCAAAGACACGGUCAUGCUCCGGCCCUGGGGGGAACAAGUCACAGAGAGCAGCAGUGAGCUGGUCACAGUAAAAGAACAAGGAGAAGAAGAGAGCCAAGAGGAGGAGGAAGCUGCCCUCAGUGAACAGCUCCUCACAGAGUCUGAUGAAAAUAAAGCAGAGACACUCACUGUGAACGAACAACCUGAGGCCACGACACCUCAACCUUCUGCAAACCAAGCAAUGAAAGCAAAGCUAGCCCGCCUGUCUCUCGCCCUCCCUCCUCUGGCUCUGACUCUUCCCCUCACCCCAUCUGGUAAAGGAGGAUUUGGGGACGGGGCCAUUGGGAAUCGAAUAGGAAGACGGAGAGGACUUUCAUCAGGAAACGACCCCGAGGAGGAGGAGGAGGAGGAGGAGGAGCAGGAGGACGAAAGCUCGCGGAGGGUGAUUGUGGUGACAGAGACAGACGUGGACAAACGCGUUGGGCUGAGGAGUCUGCUGAAAUCGCCAAAGGAGCCGAUGGACAGAGACAAGGACAGAGGAAGAAAUGUGUCCUUUUUUGAUGAUGUCACAAUCUAUCUUUUCGAUCAGGAAACUCCAACCAAUGAGCUGGGCAAUUCAGCUCCCACAAGUCCAGCCCCCGUGUCUGUCAAGAGCACAAAGCUGGAUUUGCAUGGCCCACACGUCAAAAGCAGAGAAUCAAAAAGGAAAGAGGAUUUAUCAAUCAAACCAAGGUCGCCUGUGGGGGCCAAUCCAGUGACUUCAUCACGCUUCACUGUUAGCCCUGCCAACGACCCCCACUUGGUGUGAUGCUACUCCGCAUCACGGGAACCUUAAGAGCUGAACCCUCUCGGACUGGCCAGUGAAUUAACCCAACAACCAGCCAUUCACCCAGAGGAUAUUUUUUUAUUGAGUAGGCGACUGAAAGAUUGAGACUCCGGUUCUAAAAGCUGGACACAUUCCAGGUUUUACCAGCGACAGGAUUUUGUAUGUCAGAGCUCGUUGAGCUCCUGCCUGCCACUGUUUACAGAGUUUAUUCAUAGCCUUUGGCUACUGAGGUCUUUGGAAGAGGCAGCAUAUGCUAGGAGAAGAGGAGCCUGGAGUAAAAUCUGAAACAGAUUUGACAGCUAUGCAGUGGGAGUCUUGCUGUGUACCAGCUUACCUUCUCUUCUCUUUUCUGCUUCAUUCUGUUGUAUUAUUCCCCGGGUGCAGGGGGAAUGCACUUUUCAGUCAUUCGUCUGUCUAUGUAAACGCUUGGAUUCCAGCCCUCUCUUUAUUAAAGACCUUUUUCCAUUGCAGUCAGUCAGUCAGUUGUUCUUGUAGACAGCAAUUUGAAACAGAAAUUGCGUAUUUGAGAAUACUCCUUAGCAUUUGUACAAAUAUCAUAAUACAAGUGUAUACAAUAUCAUUUUAGAGCUGUUUACUUUUAGAUGUAUUCUUAGAGUGCACGGAAAAUUAAACAAGCUAUGUUUCUUCACACUUUUAGUUCUUAAAAGCACUAAUUUCUAAUUUCUUUAACUGUGUUCCUUUCUAUAGUUAUAAUAUUAUUUUAUGUAUUUAUGUAAAGUUGGUUUCCAUGCAAUAUUUUAUUUAUAUAUUUAUUUAUCGAUCUAUCAAUUUAUUUAUUUAUUUGCUUUGGUGCAAUUAACAUAUAUAAACUUAGCUAUAAUUUGUUUGGGAUGGAAUGCAUCUAAGUUAUACCUUCUCUAAGAUCUUCAUAACAAAUAAAUCAAAAUAUUUUCCCAAACGUCUUAAUUGCUAAAAAAGUAUUUUGUAUAAUUUUACUUGUUAAUAUAUGCCAAUCUGUAUUGAACUAUGUCUUGUAAUGUUUCAUUAUUUUCUGAUGUCAAUGAAUUUUUAGCUGUCUUAACAUUAUUUUAUCUUGUUUAAUGACAGUUAAUGUAGCUUAGCAUGAAAACUCGAAACCCUUCAUGAGUAAAUAACUCAUUUGUUUUUGUAUCUGUUAAUUUAUUCCAUUUUAUACUAAUAACAGUCCAUCAUGCAGUCAAGGUUCAACUAGUCCAUUUGUUUAGUCUGUUUAAAUGUUCGUUUAAACUUGUAUUGUUUAAAGAAUGGUUUUCAAGGGGUAAUGUAUAAACAAGGGGAAAUAAAAACUACAAAAUGUGAA